UUCGGCCCUGUUGCGUCCGCGGACAGACGGAGGCAAGUGGACCGGGUUUUGAAGCUAAGCUACCUCAGUCACAUUGCAGAAAGGUAUUCCGCGGCUUUUUGUUCGGUUCCGUUUGCGGCACAGGCGCGUAUCUGUUUGCGAAAAAUCGAAGCUACCUGCGCGUAUUUUCUCCGCCGGGCUAAAACUCAAAACGAGGCUUUUAUUCCAGAAACCCGCUUCUGUCCGGUUAGCUGAAUCUGCAGCGGGUUAGGCGCCAGUCGGGUCUGACAACAGCGCUGUUCAGUCACGUUCCCGGUGUUGUUGUUGUUUCUAGCUGCUGAGUGAUAGCGCUAAUUCCCGUUAGGUGAAAGCGGCAAAUUAAAAAACAUAAUAAUUUAAAAAAAAAAACAUUAAAAAAAAAACCAAAAGGGGGGAAAAGCUUAAAAAGUUAAACAUGGCAGAAUUCCUCGAAGAUCCGUCGGUUCUCACGAAAGAUAAGCUGAAGACUGAGCUCGCAGCCAACAAUGUGCCACUUCCCAGCGGAGAGCAUAAAAAAGAAGUGUACGUGCAGCUGUAUCUGAAGAACUUAACCGUGCUGAACAACAAGAGCAGUCCGCCUGCAGACACCUUCUCCAGCGACGAGGAGCUCCCUGCUCCCGUGGUGUCCAACAAAAGUCGAUCUGGAAGAAAAGCUACCAAGAAGACAGACAAGCCUCGUUCAGAGGAAGUGGAGGUGACAGAGCUCAGCGAUGAAGAUUUAAAACAACAGCUGGCUAAACGUGGUGUGGAAUCGGGACCCAUUGUUGCCUCAACCCGUAAGUUGUAUGAGAAGAAGCUGCAGAAGCUUUUGGACCAGCCUCACGCUGAACCUGAAGCUCCUGCAGACGUCACAGCUCUCCCCAAGGCAGACAGUAACCAGAAUGGAAACACAAAUUCUGACCAGUACAGCGACAAGGAAGAUGAGGAGGUUGUUGCCCCUGAACCAGAGCCAGUUCCUGUGGUAGAGAAGCCUGUGAGGAGCAGAGGGAAGGUCCCCGUUACCGUCAGAACCAGCAGCAGACGACAAACCAAGGUGGUGGAGGAAAUUGUUACUGAAGAAACACCGAAGAAGGCCAGCGACAGUGUUGUUGAAGAUAUCCUUGCCAAUGAAAUAAGCACACCAACAGGCAUCAGUGCGACCUGCAGGCGUCCGAUCCGAGGUGCAGCUGGCCGACCACUAAAACCAAGUGAAUACUGGCUGGAUGAGUCCCGCGUGCAGCACACUGUCUACACCGAGAGCCGCUCUUACUCGGAUUCGAUCUCCAGAGCGGGCAUCGGCGCCUCUUCGAGCAAAGCGCCAGUCCGCCGAGGUUUCCUGUCCGUGUUGCUCAAGCUCCUGCUCCUUGUUGUGGUGGGUGGUUCCCUCUACUAUGGCUACCAGAACCUGGAUGCGGAUCAAAUCAACACCCUCAAAGGCCUCUGUGACAGCGUCAUCGUCCCCGUUCAGGGCGCUGUGAACAACGCGGCCACCUACCUGGGCUUAAGCAGCAGCGGCGCUACAGACAGCGCCGGCAAGUAAAGACCCUCAGCAGUCUCUCGCCAUUGCCCAUGCCACCUCCCUGCCGCCUGCCACAGCACACCACAACUCAAGCAGUACACUUGGCUCACCUCUUCUUCUUUUGACCUACAUGGUUGGACAAAGGACACAGAUUUAAUUGGAACGAUAAACUUUCUCCUCUCCGGACUCCAGCUUUCCUCCCACCACAAGAGGAAACAGUAGCUUCUGGAUAACCGUUGUGUGGCAGUCAGAGACUCAUUUUAUUGAUGAUUUUAAUCUGUGAAUUGUUUGUGUCUAUGUGUGUAUUUAACCCCUUGUAUGUAGAAAGGAGUGCAGAACGGAGAGGUCAGUUUAUCCAUGCAUGGUUGUAGUUUAUUGGUCAUACUGUAGUUUCUAACUCUCCGUGCCAGGUGUUUUUCUGAUGGUGAAGUGCCUGGACACUGUUAGCACUUAGUGCCCUCCCAUUUUAAAGCACAAAGCAGUGCUACUACUAACACCAGAAUGUCUACAUGUCUUUCUGUAUACAUUUCAAAAUUUGCUCUGUAGCUAUAGAGUUAGGUAGAGUGAUUUGUUAUUUCUAUGGUGCUCAGGUCGAUUCAGCUCAAACUUUUUAAUGUGGUCUGUGCUGGGAGGAGACACGUGGUGUAAUCAGGUCACGUCACUGCAUGAGGAAAAUCCGCCCACGUUCAGGUUCAGAUAUAAACCGUUUUUUUUGUUUUUCUUUCAGUGGCUUGAAUCAUCGUAUAUGGGGCUUUUAUGAUUAUGACUGAAAUGAUUAUUCUGGUCACUGAGUUUCACUAUCAACGGAGGAAGAAAAUCAAUUGUAAUUUUUAAUUUAAUCCUCAUCAGUUUACACACAAAAUUCUAAAUGACACAACUUUUAAUCAUUGAUUAUCUACCAUUUAUUUGACAAUGGCUCCUUAA